AUGUCUGCAGAUCGUGGCAGCAUCCGGGCUACCCAGGACAAAGAGAGAGCCCAAGAGGUUCCAGGUCCAGGGCAUCCCUGUCAAGAAAUGCUUCCUGAGCCAAAGGAGAUGGCGCCGUUGGGAGCCGCUCAGGAGUCGCCCUGCAUUAAGACAGAGCUGCAAGAGCCGCACCCGGAGGAGGCGCUGCAGGAGGACAAGGCACAAGGAGCUUGGAGCUGGGGCCUAAGCCAGGGCGCUAAGGAGAAAGCUCUCUUUCUGCCCGGAGCCCUCCCCUCCCCCCAGAUCCCCGUGCUUUCCCAGGAGGGGAGGACCAGAGACCGGCAGAUGGCUGCAGCACUCCUCACUGCCUGGUCCCAGAUGCCAGUCACCUUUGAGGACGUGGCUCUGUACCUCUCCCGGGAGGAGUGGGGGCAGCUGGACCACACGCAGCAGAGUUUCUACCGGGAUGUCCUGCAGAAGCGAAAUGGGCUGGCCUUGGGGUUUCCCUUCAGCAGAACUUUCUGGGCCUCCCAGGUGCAGGGCAAGGGCGAGGCCUCCAGUGCACGCCUGCAGAUGGGAGAUGAAGAGGAGAAGAGAGCGGUGGAGGUGAGAAAGGAGGACCCGGCAGUCCCUGGGGACGUGAAGUCCUUUCGGACCAGGACAGGGAGAGCCCAGGAUGUCCUACAGUGUGGAUGGCAGGCAGCCGGCAGCCAGAGAACGGGGCCCGCCAAAGAUGAGGGGCAGCCGGGCCCCCCGGAGGAGAGACAGCUGGAGCCAGCCCUGUCCGACACUGACACGUUAGAGAAACCCGGCGAGGGGGAGACGGGCGCCCCCGAAAGCGGCGAGGAGGGCGCGGCCCCCGACGGCGACCCCAGCAAGAAGACCUACAAAUGCGAGCAGUGCGGCAAGGGCUUCAGCUGGCACUCCCACCUGGUGACACACCGGCGCACGCACACGGGCGAGAAGCCCUACGCCUGCACGGACUGCGGCAAGCGCUUCGGCCGCAGCUCGCACCUCAUCCAGCACCAGAUCAUCCACACGGGCGAGAAGCCCUACACCUGCCCGUCCUGCUGGAAGAGCUUCAGCCACCACUCGACGCUGAUCCAGCACCAGCGCAUCCACACGGGCGAGAAGCCCUACGUGUGCGACCGCUGCGCCAAGCGCUUCACGCGCCGCUCGGACCUGGUCACGCACCAGGGCACGCACACCGGGGCCAAGCCCCACAAGUGCCCCGUCUGCAGCAAGUGCUUCACGCAGAGCUCGGCCCUGGUCACCCACCAGCGCACCCACACGGGGGUCAAGCCCUACCCCUGUCCCGAGUGCGGCAAGUGCUUCAGCCAGCGCUCCAACCUCAUCGCGCACAACCGCACGCACACGGGGGAGAAGCCCUACCACUGCCUCGACUGCGGCAAGAGCUUCAGCCACAGCUCGCACCUCACCGCCCACCAGCGCACCCACCGCGGGGUCCGGCCCUACGCCUGCCCGCUCUGCGGCAAGAGCUUCAGCAGGCGCUCCAACCUGCACCGGCACGAGAAGAUCCACACCACCGGCCCCAAGGCCCUGGCCAUGCUGAUGCUGGGGGCUGCGGGCGCCCUGGCGGCACCCCCGCCUGCCCCCACCUAG